AUCGAUACUUAUGUGAGAAUUGAGUUUCCAUUCCCUAAUGAUAACAGCCCAUCCGCGCGGACAAAGACUGUCAAAAACAGUGUGAAUCCAGUAUUCAACGAGACGUUUAAAUUCGAGAUCGACCGCAAGUCGCGACAAUUGCCCCGAACCUUCAAAAGGCAUCCCUUGAAACUGGAACUCAUGUCCAAAGGUGGAUUCCUAAGGAGCGAUGCACUGAUAGGGACGGCUCUCAUCAAGUUAACUGAUUUUGAGACCAAAUGUACAAUUCAUGAGAGCUUUGCGUUGACUGAAGGCAGGAAAGCAGUGGGCGGACGGAUAGAGGCUAAGGUCCGCAUCAGAGAACCAUUGCUCGCAAAACAAGUGGAAGAAGUGAAAGAGAAAUGGCUUGUAUUCGUCUGAUCAGUGAUUAUUUAUUUAUGUUUUUAUACGAAACAUGUUUUUAUUUCUAAAAUUGACAUCAAAUUAAAUUAUUCAUUCAAUAACGAAUCGCCC